CAAGCAAAGGCGGGCUUUUACGGAUGACGGCCAAUGAGAUGUGUCGUUAGUAAUACGCGUCUUAGCAUUAGUUGCAUCCGGGUGAGGACUGGGGUGAGUAGUUUUUUUCUUAGAAGCUGUCGGCUCUCAGUCUUCAGGAUGCACGGAUCGCUUUGGGUGUUGCUUCAGGUGCUCUGGGCCCAGCUGCUUUGUGGGUGGGUGCUCGGCUCCGAGCUAACUUUUGAGCUGCCAGACAACGCUAAACAGUGUUUCUACGAAGACAUCAUCAUGGGCACCAAAUGCACCCUGGAGUUCCAGGUGGUGACCGGUGGUCAUUACGAUGUGGACUGCCGCUUGGAGGACCCAGAUGGCACAACACUCUAUAAGGAGAUGAAGAAGCAAUAUGACAGCUUUACCUUCACAGCAGCCAAGAACGGCACCUACAAAUUCUGCUUCAGCAAUGAGUUCUCCACCUUCACCCAUAAGACAGUUUACUUUGACUUCCAGGUUGGCGAUGACCCUCCACUUUUCCCCAACGAGAACAGAGUCACUGCUCUUACUCAGAUGGAGUCAGCCUGCGUGUCCAUCCAUGAGGCUCUGAAGUCGGUGAUCGACUAUCAGACACACUUUCGCCUCCGUGAGGCCCAGGGACGCAGUCGCGCCGAGGACCUCAAUACCCGCGUCGCUUUCUGGUCCAUCGGAGAAGCCAUUAUCCUUCUGGUGGUCAGCAUCAGCCAGGUGGUCUUGCUGCGAAGCUUCUUCUCUGACAAGAAGACCACGACAACGCGUGUGGGCUCAUAACAGCCUCUGAGAUCUGACUCAUCACUUCCUUUGUCUGUUCUUGAGCUUGUGUGCAUGGAGUGCAUAGGAACAGCCGCGCUGAUCUGUAAUUGAAUCAUAUCAAGCGGCCAGGUCCUACAAUCUGAUGCGGCCUCUUAAAUCAGUACAGCUGUUCUUACAACUUUAUGCAAAUUAGUCUUGAGGAGAAAAAAUAGUUGUGGGUUAAAAGUGUUUUUGAGGAUUAAAAAAAAAACAGGAGGAAGACUUGAUUGUGUUGCUUGUAACUAUCUGUAUUUGAAGCAGUUCAAGCACCGGCCAUAUAGCUAAAGAAAAACUUUAAGUCAUUUGAAUAUUUGAAAUGAUUUCUAAAUGUGUUCUUAUUUUAAAUGUGUCCUUUUCUAACCCCUGUCUUCAUGAUCUGUUCCAAUUUUCAUCCCAAACUGCUCUGAAAUAAGCACCCAAGUGGAUACUGGGACUAAAUGUAGUCAUAUUAUAAGGAUACUGCAGAUAUUUGUCUUUAUCUGCACUAGCUCUCAAAAGCCACACUCUCAGUGCGAAGGUUGGAUUUGUUUAUGAAAAAUCUGUUGCAUUUUUUUCCUGUGUUACUAAAACUCACUUUAUUAAGUGAGAAAUGGUAGAUGUUGUGUUUUUUGUUUUGAUCGGCUUUGCCAUUUUAGAUAGUAGUUAGAAAGGAGUUUGCUGUGCUCUGCAGAGAGUAAGCAGUCCUUUAAUCCAAUAUUAGUUUGACACCCUUUGUUCAUAAGGUGGUUGUUGGGUUGAAGGAUUGAAUUAAAGUGCAGAAGGUAUACCACGAGUGACUGCAAACCUAAUUCCUUAAAGAAAAUCUCUAUAAAUUAAAAGUACGUUUUUGCUUUGUUUCCAUUUGCUCUCUUUUACAUUGGGGGAAAUAUUGAUCGGUUUAAGUGUGCAACAUAAAUUCUAACAUAUGGGAUAUAGGUUUUUUUUUGUUGUUGUUGUUUUUUAUUAUUACAUCUGUGUGACUCUGUGGCAGACAAAAAAGAAAUGACUCAUUCUUGUAUUUAAAACCGCAUCGUUUUGUCUGUUAAGUGGCAAUCCCAGCUGUUAGAGGUGCACCAGUUCCUUAAGUCACUGUCUUUCUUUGAGCCGACGCUGUCCAUUUGGUUUUGUACAACAAUAUUGUAACAUUUGUGUGGUCGGAAGAAUUGUUGCUUGAAUAGAAGAUAAUUCAAGUGAAUACGAGUUAUAAUUUGAUGUUUCAAAACUCUCAUCUCACCCUUUUUUGACAUUUAUUUAGCAGUGCAGAAAGAAAUCUUAAACAUGCAUGUUUAUUUUUAGGGGUUUCACUACAAAUUUCGGUGAGCAGUUUUUUUGUACUAGUGUAGGUCACAUGCAAUGGUUUAUGGGCUUAGUUCACCUGGGUGGUUUGACUUUCAGGCAGGCAUCACGUGGAUCUUUAUUUGUGGUUUACAAACAUCUUACUGUAAAUGUAUCUCUUUCACAUAGACAUUGGCUAAAGCACAAGUAUAAAGAAGCUGUUUUAACCUACAUAAUUUUACAGCUAUAUGAAAAGAGAUGAGAACAGAUCGAAAGCUAAAAGAUUGUGGUUAUAUGUUAAACCUUUUCAGUCAGGGAUGGGAAAAGAAAAAAAAAUUCAGUGUACAAAUAUUAUCCCACUGAAAGAAGCCAAAAAAGCUUGUUUCAUUUUAUUGUCCAGGUUUAUAGAAGUGUCCUACUUGGGAUAGAAGUGAUUAAAAACAACAAAAACUUCAA